CGACACCGUUGCAUUAUAUGUUUAAAAUCAUUUUUAAAAUAAUUUAUUAUCUCAGGUAGAAUUGAGCGAGAUACUAGCAGUUGUUAGCGAGUUAGCUUGCUGAGAUACAACAUCACAAAUGGGGCGCAGAAAGUCCAAAAGAAAGCCACCUCCCAAGAAAAAAAUGACGGGUAACCUGGACACCCAGUUCACAUGCCCGUUUUGUAACCACGAGAAGUCCUGCGACGUCAAAAUGGAACGAACCCGCAACACAGGAAUUAUAUCAUGCAGCGUUUGCUUGGAGGAGUUCCAGACUCCUAUAACCUAUCUGUCCGAGGCAGUGGAUGUUUACAGUGAUUGGAUCGACGCCUGUGAGGCAGCCAAUCAGUAGUCAUGUUUCCCCUGUGAGCCUCCUUCUCUCUAACCUCAUCCACAUUUCACCCCUUCAAUUGGUCCGGUGAAUUGGUUCCUGUUCAGUCAGCACAAUGUAGCAAAAUUUCCCAAACAGUUGGAACAUUGUUUUUCCUGUAAGUUUGUGACGUGCUAAGUUUAGUUUUGCUACAGUGUGGCUUGCUGAGCAUGACACGUUCCUCUGGCUGGACCAGAGCACUGCCAAUGUCGUUUAGACUCCAGAGUCCAAACCUGCCUGUAUCAGUUCUCAAUGUUUUCAUGUCUUAUGUCAGUGAUUAGCUCACUGUAAGUGUUUUUUUAUUAUUAGAUCAUAAUUUUCUGUUUUUUGGACCAAACUGUCACAUAGUUAAGUAAAAAAUGUAAUCUGAUAUUUCCACCAGCGUAAAACAUUCCAUGUCUUCUAUCGGUAUUCUUUGUGUUUUAUGGAUGAUAUGAUAAUUCAUUUUUUUUAUAUUUCAACCCUGUCACUCACUAAUGCACUGAAAACUUUUUUGUAGGUUGACAUUUUUUUUGAACUGCCUUUUGUUUUUUGGACCACUAUAUAUUUGUACUGCUAGAUUUUAUUAUUUUCUUUUUAAAAAUCACAAUCAUGUAAUUUCUAUUUACACUACUUUUGUGUAAUUUCACGUCCUGUGUAUUUUGAGGUAAUGACAGUAAAUCAGAACUGUAUUUUUUAAGUGUUUUUAUUGCACAAAUGUCAUGUUUAGUGAAAGGCAUAUAGGGAAAAAAAAUCAAGAGGUUAGCAAAGAUGAAUAGUAUGAACAAUGUUGAAACACAGCCAACACAUUAAAGGUGAAAUGUUACUCAACAUUAUUGCCAUUCUGGAUCUCACAGAGUGGUAAUGAUGAUAAGUGAAUGCACUGUAAAAAAUCUACGUUCGCACAUUUGAUUGAAUAAAAGCAAUGUUUAGACCUUU